GCUAUAGAACUGACUAUUAUUUAUUUGCGUAUACUGUAACUAAUACGUGUAUCUGGAUAUGUUUAUGUUUGAUAAUCCGUACACGUAACUUGUUUACAAUUUAUUUCUUUAAUUGAUACGUGAAUACUUAAUUAUCGAUUUAAAUAAUGUGAUCUCAUCCUUUGUUGGUUCAGUACAGUUUUGUCUAUCGAAAAUAUGCCACUAAAACAUAUAAAAGUGUUAGAAUUGGCUGGUCUUGCACCAGGUCCUUUUUGUGGUAUGAUAUUAGCAGAAUUUGGUGCAACAGUUACCAAAGUAGAUAAGGUUAAUGGGUCUCAUGUUCUCCCGGACUCUCUUGGUCACGGAAAAAGAUCGAUAGCGUUGAAUUUAAAAAGUCUGGAUGGCGCUGAAAUAUUUAAAAAAUUAAGCGAUCAAAGCGAUGUACUUAUAGAUCCAUACAGAGCUGGUGUGAUGGAAAGAAUGAAUUUGGGACCAGAUGAUCUCAUGAAAAGAAACAAGAGGCUUAUAUAUGCUAGAUUAACAGGAUAUGGUCAGAAGGGACCUUAUGCAAAUAUGGCUGGGCAUGAUAUUAAUUAUUUAGGUUUAUCUGGUUUAUUAUCUUUAUGUGGACGUUACGAUCAAAAGCCAAUACCACCGGCUAAUUUGGCUGCUGAUUUUGGCGGUGGUGGAUUAAUGUGUGCCUUUGGAAUAAUGUUAGCAUUAUUCGAACGUAGCAGAAGCAAUAUUGGCCAAGUGGUGGAUACAUCAAUGGUUGAUGGAUCUGCAUAUUUAGGCAGUUGGUUCUUUAGAUCUCAAAAUUUACUUGGAUUGUGGGGAAACCCACGUGGUAAAAAUAUAUUGGAUACAGGAUCACAUUUUUAUGAUACUUAUGAAACUAAAGAUAAACAGUACAUGUGCGUUGGAGCACUGGAGCCACAAUUUUACGAAAUAUUUUUGGAAAAACUUGGCCUUUCAACAAACGACAUGCCGCAAUUUGAUAAAUUUGAGGAAAACCGCGCGAAAUUAGAAACUAUAUUCAAACAGAAAACCCAGGAUGAGUGGUGCGCUAUAUUUGAUGGCACGGAUGCUUGUGUAACACCUCUUUUAAAUUUAAAGGAUGCUGCUGUUCAUGCGCAUAACAAAGAACGAGAUACAUUUACAACCAUAGAGAAUGAUUUAGUAAUCCCAAAACCUGCUCCUCAAUUAUCACGUUGUUCUGGAAAAACAAAGGGGCAUCAAAGAAUUCCUGAGCCUGGCGAGCACACAACAGAAAUUCUCGCGGAAUUAAAUUUUAAAUCCAAGGAAAUUGCUAACUUGAUAUCAACUGGAAUUGUUCAUCAAGGAACAAAGCGUUCUAUGCUUUAAGCACUAAAUGAUCAAUUAUAGUUGUAAUAAUUUUGAAAUUUUAUUAAGGAAUUAUAGCAUUUGACAGCAUGAUAACUGAGAAUACAACGUGCGCUGGCGUUUUU